AUGCCAGCGCUGCUUGGUCUGGGAUCGCAGCUGGAGAACCACUGCAGAGCACUUGCCUUGAAACACGGCGGGUGGUUUGGUCCCCAGCUUUCCGACGGUUCGACAGAAGCUCUUGCAGAAAACAGCAUUGGCUGCAGCAGCAUCGGCCAGAUGGCUGCUGACAUCACAGGUGAUGGGUGCCCCCCACCCGGGCCCAGGCACUACCACCGCCUCCUGCAGCCGUGGUUCUGGUUCUGUGCCUCCCUGGCCGUCUCCACCUUCGACGGCUUGGGGGAUGACAUGGGUGUCCCCAACGCCAGCACCUGUCAGCGCCUCUCCUCUCGCCUCCUGCUCCCCCGCGUGCGGGCCUGCAGUUUCCUCACCCCGAGCCUUUUGGGCACUCGGCCCCCCCGCACCUCUGCACGCCCGCCGUGUCCGGUGGCCACACCUCAUGUCCUCCGAGCUCCUGACUCACACGCCCAAGUGCCUUCAGGGUUCCUGUGCGUGGACGCCUCGGGGAGUGUUCAAACAGAGCGUGUCCACAGUGGUGCCUCCCAGCUGGUCUCCCAAUCCCACCACCCUCCGUUUCGCGAUGUGCUCGCCCUGCCCAUCUUCAAGCAAGAGGAGCCACAGCUGUCCCCCGAGAGUGAGGCCCGCCUGCCGCCCCUGCAGUACGUGCUGUGUGCUGCCACGUCCCCGGCCGUGAAGCUGCACGAAGAGACCCUAACCUAUCUCAACCAAGGUCAGUCUUAUGAAAUCAGGCUGCUGGAGAAUCGGAAGCUGGGAGACUUUCAAGAUCUGAACACGAAAUAUGUCAAGAGCAUUAUCCGAGUGGUUUUCCACGACCGCCGGCUGCAGUACACGGAGCACCAGCAGCUGGAAGGAUGGCGGUGGAGCAGGCCCGGGGACCGGAUCCUGGACAUCGAUAUUCCACUGUCUGUUGGUAUCUUGGACCCCAGGGCCAGCCCGACCCAGCUGAACGCUGUCGAGUUUCUGUGGGAGCCUUCGAAGAGAGCCUCUGCAUUCAUUCAGGUGCACUGUAUCAGCACAGAAUUCACCCCGAGGAAGCACGGGGGUGAGAAGGGGGUGCCUUUCCGAGUGCAGAUUGACACAUUUAAGCAGAACGACAAUGGGGAAUACACAGAGCACUUGCACUCGGCCAGCUGCCAGAUCAAGGUGUUCAAGCCAAAGGGAGCUGACCGGAAACAGAAGACCGACCGGGAAAAGAUGGAGAAGAGAACUGCCCAAGAGAAGGAGAAGUACCAGCCGUCCUACGAGACCACCAUUCUCACAGAGUGCUCCCCGUGGCCCGACAUGGCCUAUCAGGUGAACAGCGCCCCGUCUCCCAGCUACAAUGGCUCUCCAAACAGCUUUGGCCUCGGCGAAGGGAACAGCUCUCCGACCCACCCAGUGGAGACCCUGCCCUUGGGCAAUGACCACCUGCUUCCAUCGGCCUCGAUCCAGGACGCCCAGCAGUGGCUGCACCGAAACAGAUUCUCACAGUUUUGCCGGCUCUUUGCCAGCUUCUCGGGUGCUGACUUGCUUAAGAUGUCUCGAGACGAUUUGGUCCAGAUCUGUGGCCCUGCCGAUGGGAUCCGGCUCUUUAAUGCCAUCAAAGGCCGGAAUGUGAGGCCGAAGAUGACCAUUUACGUCUGUCAGGAGCUGGAGCAGAACCGAGCGCCCCUGCAGCAGAAGCGGGAUGGCGGUGGGGACAGCAGUCUGUGUGUGUACCACGCCAUCUUCCUGGAGGAGCUGACCACCUUGGAGCUGGUUGAGAAGAUUGCCAACCUGUACAGCAUCUCCCCCCAGCACAUCCACCGAGUCUAUCGGCAGGGCCCCACCGGCAUCCACGUGGUGGUCAGCAACGAGAUGGUGCAGAAUUUCCAGGAUGAGUCUUGUUUUAUCCUCAGUACCUUGAAAGCUGAGAGUAAUGAUGGCUACCACGUCAUCCUGAAAUGUGGCCUCUGA